CCUCCCCUCCGAUAAAACAUAAUAGGAGAAGCUCGGACUCGCUUUGCCUUUUUCUUUUUGGCCUUUUAGUGCCACUGACUCCUCUGAUUCUUCUGACCACACAGAGAGGACACACACACAAUGUUACCUCUGGUUGUGUUCUUGCUUUGUGCAGCCUCCUCUGUCUCAGCUGCUGCCAAAGGUGGUGCUACAGGACCCCGACUGAACAACAACCAGCUGUAUAAAUUCAGCUACACCACGGAGGUGCUGGUGGACCAGACCAGAGGGUCAAGAGAGGGCAGUGCUGGCUACAGGAUCUCAAGCGACGUGGACAUCAACCUGGUGUGGAGAGAUCCCAGCAGCAAAGACGACCAGCUCAUUCAACUGGCGAUCUCAAAUGUGAGGAUCGAGCCGGCGUCCCAGCGAUCAAAGAAGAAGAAUGUCCUCCAUGGAUCUACUGCAGAGAGCCUUAUGGGGAAGACCAAACUGGCAGCUCUCACUAAACCUUUCUUGUUGCAUAUGAGAAAUGGAAAGGCGAAAGCAUUUUAUUCCUUCUGGACCGAACCUGCAACCAUCAAGAACCUAAAAAGAGGGCUGGCCAGCUUAAUGCAAGUACAGCUCAACACUGGGAAGGCUAUAGAGAAUGACGUGUCUGGAAGGUGCAUAGUCGAGUACAAGGCGAUAAAAGGUCAAGUGACGCGAACCAAGAUCCUGGAGACGUGCAAGACCGCAGAGACCGGGUUCACCACACACAUUCAGGUGUUGGGUGUGAACAGGAAGUCCAGUUCUGUUACAGCGUUCACACUUGACGAUGGCUUCAUCCGCUCGGCCGUGGCUGAAGAAACACACUUUCUGUCUGUUAACGCCCGCAGAUCUGCUGCAACUAAAGUUGUGUCCAGGCAAACCCUCACAUUGGUAAGGACAGAGGCUGGACCGCUGGAGGCUGCUGGGAAAGAUGUGGCUGGAGUCGUCAAGUCCAUCGAUGACAAACUGGCAGCUGUUGGUAUCAUUGCGGAGAAGGUCAAAUCCCAGUGCAAGGGCUGUCCAUCACUUUUUGAACAUUGGCAGACUCAACAGAAGCAGCUGGAGCCGGCGAACCUGUCCAAAGCCACGGCUCCUCGUAGCUUCCUGGCCCUCAUCCAGAGCAUUAGGAAGGCGUCCAAGGGCGAUAUCCUCAAAGUGCUGAAGAGCGCCAGCAAGACAUCUCUACCUCAGGUGGUGGAUGCGGUGACUUCCUCCCAGACCGUUGCAUCUCUGGACGCCAUGCUGGAAUUCCUGAACUUCACCGAUGCCAAAGGUUUCGUUCUGCAGGAGAGGUUUCUCUACGCGUGUGGCUUUGCGUCACAUCCCAACGAGAGGAUGCUCCAGGUUCUGCUGGAUAUUUCUAAGGGAAAGAUCGGCAGCACAGACAUUAAAGAGUCAGUGGUGAUCAUUAUGGGAGCCCUGGUCCAUAAACUGUGCCAGAAAGGAGGGUGCAACUUACCGACAGUGGUGAAGGUGAAGAAGCUGAUUUUAGACGGUCCUGACAGCACGCAGGUUGAGUCCGAGGUCCAGAUGUAUCUUCUGGCUCUGAAGAACUCUCUGCUUCCCGAGGCCAUUUCCAUCUUUACCAAAUACGCCGAGUCAGAGGUGGGAGCUUACAGCACCAUCGCCCUCACCGCCCUGCAGAGAUACGAUGCCAAUCUCAUGACCGAUGAGGUGAAGCAGACAGUGAACAGAGUUUACCACCAGAAUCGACGGAUCUAUGAGAAAAACGUGAGAGCUGCCGCCGCUGACGUCAUCCUCAGUAGCAACCCCUCGUACAUGGAGGUCAAGAAUCUGCUGCUGUCUAUUGGAAACCUGCCUCAUGAAAUGAACAAGUACAUGCUGUCUAAGAUCCAGGACAUCCUCCGCUUCCAAUUGCCUGCCAGCAAAGUUUUACGACAAGCUAUGAAGGACACGGUUUCCCACAACUACAACCGUUUCGCAAAAGUUGGGUCGUCGUCUGCGUUCUCAGGAUUCAUGGCACAAGCUGCUGAUGUGACCUCCACAUACAGUCUGGACAUCUUGUAUUCAGGCUCUGGGAUCCUGAGGAGAAGCAACAUGAAUAUUUAUGGUGCUAGUAAAGGAGCGAUGCUACAUGGACUACAGGUGGCCAUUGAGGCCCAGGGUUUGGAGUCGCUGAUUGCUGCCACACCCGACGAGGGAGAGGAGGACCUGGAGUCGUUCGCCGGGAUGUCGGCUCUGCUGUUCGACGUCCAGCUGCGGCCCGUCACCUUCUUCAAGGGUUACAGUGACCUCAUGUCCAAAAUGUUCUCCAUGACCGGGGAGCCCAUGAAUGUAGUGAAAGGCCUCAUCCUGCUGACUGAUCAUUCUGAGGUGAUCCAGCUGCAGUCCGGUCUGAAGGCGAAUGCAGAGUUCCAGGGAGGGUUAGCCAUCGACAUCUCUGGAGGCAUGGAGAUCAGCCUAUGGUACAGGGAGUCCAAGACCAGCGUCAACAACAGGGGAGCGUUAGUGCUCACUGGCAACGUUACAGUGGACAUGGACUUUAUGAGAACGGGUGUUGAGGUCAGCUUCGAAACAGAGGCAUCGCUGGACUUCAUCACCACCGUCCAGUUUUCUGAAUAUCCCUUCCUGGUGUGCAUGCAGAUGGACAAAACCACCUUCCCCGUCAGUGAAUACCUGACCAAGUACGACAGCGUGUCAUCAGGGAAGAGCGUUGAGUCGCAUAAGAGCAAGAAGCUGCUCGUCCCCGGCUCUGAAUUCCCUCUUCACCAGGAGAACUCAAACAUGUGCAAGAAGGUUUUUGACUCCAGCUGGUAGAAGAGACACCAUGAACUAUCCAGGAGUCACUCAAAGAGGGUUUAUUGCAUUCAGGGACAGCUAUAUCACACCUCGGCUUCACGCAGUGAAAGUACGCAAGAGAGAAAAGUGGUGAAUGUUUAUUUUUGUUUUUAACAACACAUGCAAUGUUUACAUUCCUGUGAGUAUUUAAGUCAUUUUAAUUUGACAUUUUGUUUGAAAUCAGGAAUUCUUGCAUUGUCUUUUUAUGGAUUUCUUCAAAUGUAUUUAUGAUGGGCCCACACAGGAUGUAUGUUUUAUUUGACGGGUAAUGCUCAGCAUGAAUAGUAACUCUGUAAUUAUCCCAACAACACAGUUACAGUAAACAUGUAAAUAUCACACUGGAAACAGUGGGUUAAUAUGAAUAGAAACGCUCCUUUCUGUCAACAUUCCUUUGUUUUUUAAUUAAAUGUGUUUACUGAGGAGGAGGAUUUUUAUUGUUUUAUGUCGCUCACUGUUCACACACUUGAAAUAACUUAUUUGGCAGAGUAAUAUCAAUUAAUUCCAUUUUUUAUAAUCAUGUUGGUGGUUUUUAAUUGCUCCUACAGAGACGAUGUGUGUGCGUCGUCUCUCCUUUGUAACUGCAAGAUUUGAGGUGAAAAUCGAAUCUCCGAAAAUGAAUCCAUCAACACUUGGAUAUAUUUUUUUGUACGUGGCUUUAAUUGCUGUUUGUCUGAAACUAUUUGGGUAGUUUUAAGACUUUUGAGCUUCUCUGAACUGGUGUUUCCAUAUUUAGGGAGCAGAUUGUUAGAUUUGUAAUUGUCUGACAAUAAAUGUGCAGUGAGACAC